AUCGCAGAGAUGACAGCAGGGCCCACCCGUCAGCGCCUGUCGCGUUCCAAGAGAGGGGAAGGAGAGGAGCGUCCAUCUCUCACCUCAGUGAGUCCGCGCCCGAUCUCCCCGCCGGCAUCCGAUCUCGAUCUCAGGUCAGCGCCGCCGUCUCCCACCUCGCCGGCCGCCACCGUCUCUGCCAUGAAUUAUAUCAUUGGAGCAUUCAAGCCACCAUGUGACAUCUCGAUCACAUUCUCUGAUGCGAGGACCAGGAAGCAGGUUUCGGUUAAGGACAAUGGGAAGACAACAAUGGUCCCUGUUUUCCAGAGCCUGGAAACAAUAUCUGGAGAGGUAUCGAUAGCACCGGUCCCAGGUAAAAGGAUUGAACACAUGGGUGUCAAGAUUGAGUUGCUGGGCCAAAUAGAGCUGUAUUUUGACCGAGGGAACUUCUAUGACUUCACUUCAUUAGUACGUGAGUUAGAUGUUCCUGGUGAAAUCUAUGAAAGGAAGGCGUAUCCAUUUGAGUUUUCCACUGUUGAAAUGCCAUAUGAGUCUUACAAUGGAACAAAUGUCAGACUGCGGUACAUUUUGAAGGUGACAAUUGGCAGAAACUAUGUUGGGAAUAUUGUGGAACACCGGGAUUUCUGUGUAAGAAACUACACUCCUGUCCCUACAAUCAACAACAGCAUUAAGAUGGAAGUAGGAAUUGAAGAUUGCUUACAUAUUGAGUUUGAAUACAGCAAAAGCAAGUACCAUCUCAAUGAUGUGAUUAUUGGGAAGAUAUAUUUUCUUCUUGUCAGAAUAAAGAUAAAAAACAUGGAGCUGGAGAUUCGUCGUCGGGAAUCAACAGGAUCAGGAUCUAACACAUAUGUUGAAACUGAGACUCUUGCAAAGUUUGAGUUGAUGGAUGGUGCUCCUGUUAGAGGUGAAUCUAUUCCAGUGAGGCUGUUCUUGACGCCUUAUGAGCUGACCCCGACUUACCGCAACAUAAACAACAAAUUCAGUGUCAAGUACUACCUGAAUCUGGUCCUUGUGGACGAGGAAGACCGGAGGUACUUCAAGCAGCAAGAGAUCACAAUGUACCGUCUUCUAGAAUCUCCUCCGGCUUCUUAGGUCCUGGCCUGGAGCAGCUUGGUGUCCACCUUUCAGGUUUUUACAAGUGAGCGCUGAGGUUAGAGUGAUGUUGUGUUUACCUGUAUAUAACUCCAGAAGAGCACCGCAGUUCACUACUACUACUGCCAUGCACGCUGGCCCCUGCGUUAUUUAUGUUCCUUCUAGUCUUUUGCUUGCUUAUGAUACAACCAUGAUUAGCUGGGGUAUUGGUGCAGUACCUGCCUAGUUAUCUCUCAUUUUUGUGAGGCAUCUGCAAAGAUCAAGUUUGUUGACAUUUCCUGCAGGAUCUUAGUUCAUUUUAAUAUUAAUAUGAUGUAAUAUGUUUUCCCAAGUUUAACUGA